AUGUCUACCAAAUCCUGCUCAGUUUUGUCAAUUGGCCUCCUGUGCCUAUCCCUUUUGAGCGUACCUGGCUCAGCCCAGCCAACUGCCGAUCCUUUAGGCCCAAAAGGGCUUAACUGGGUGCUUCCUUUUGUUGGCGACUGGAACUGCUAUCAGCAGGGUGAGAAUGGGAACGGUGGAGGUGGCAGCGGCGCCGGUGCGAAUCUUACGUACUCCAUCAAGAUGACCAAGAAUAAUGUGACCCUGGACUCCAUCCAGCCGAGCCCAUUGCUCACGGCGCACUCUGUCAUCACUUACGACGCUGAGAGCGAAAUGUUCAACUACACUUACAGUGACAGCGGAGGCAACAGCGGACCUGGUACCUCUGUUGGCUGGGAGGAGGGUGGUCACUUUCGUUUCAUCACUUGGCCCCUGACCAAUCCCGGCAGACCGGGUAUCCAAGCUCGAACAAUGGAUGAUUUCCUGCGACCCACCGGCCCUGAUCAAUUUACCGACAAGUUCUACGCCAGUCAAGAUGGAGGCAACACCUGGCUGCCGGCAGGUCAACUCGACUGUACCCGUGCCGCCAAAUCUCCCGCUAAGGAGACAUAA